AUGGGCUGUUGUCUGACCAAAGAGACUAAACAUACAAAGUAUGCGAAUGCAGGUUGCGAUGAGCACCCUGUUCCCAUUCAAUAGGCUGAAGAAUCACAUUAUCAAGAGGUCUGUGCUGAUGCCAUUCCUCCGAAAGAGUAGAAAACAGAAAAAUAAGAAUAAGAAAAACAGAUUACUUGGACUGAGGGCGAGAUGAUUGGACAAGGAGCAUUUGGUAGGGUUAUUUUAGGAAUGAACAGAGUUAGCGGAUAGAUAAUGGCUGUGAAGUAAGUGUUUAUAAAGAGUGGAGAUGAGAAUAAAGUAUAAUCAAUCCAAAGAGAAAUUGAAAUUUUGAGCAAGUUGCAACAUCUUCACAUUGUGCGUUAUUAUGGUUCAGAGAGAAAAAAAGAUUAAUUAAAUAUUUUCUUAGAGUAUGUAAGUGGUGGCUCUGUUCUCAUGAUGAUCAAAAGAUUUGGGAAGUUUAAAGAGUCCUUGAUUAAAGUUUAUUUGAAGCAGAUUCUAUUGGGAUUACAGUAUCUACACUCCUAAGGUGUCAUUCACAGAGACAUCAAAGGAGCAAACAUCUUAAUUAAUUAGAAUGGAUAAGUGAAAUUAGCAGAUUUUGGGAGUGGCAAACAAUUAUCUGAAAUUCAAUAAGAUGUUGUCGGUUCUCUGUGCGGCACUCCAAAUUUUAUGGCUCCAGAAGUUAUCAAUUAACAACAAUAUGGAAAGAAGGCUGACAUUUGGAGUCUUGGCUGCACCAUGAUUGAAAUGGCUACUGGACACCCUCCAUUCUCUGAAGUUAAGAACAUCUAUACUAUCAUGGUUAAAAUAAGCAAGUUAACAGAUAUGAUUCCCAUUCCAGAAGAAUUGAAGUCUGAACAAGCCAGGGACUUCUUGAAGAAAUGUCUCUAAUUGAACCCAGAAGAUCGAUGGGAAGCUGAAGAUCUGCUUCAACAUCCCUUUUUGGUUUCCAAAGAACAAAGAUAUAGUGGCAUUAAUUCUGCCCAAGAAAAAAAGAACACUUUUAUCACUGACGAUCAACUAUUUCAAUUACAUUCAGAACUAAUACCAAAAUAGAAUUAAAAGUUAUAGUUUUCAUUUCAAUUGGAUGAGGAUUCACAAAUGCAGAAUAACAAUCAAAAUGAAGAACAAGAGAUUCCUCAAUAUUAAGAACAGUAAGGCUAAGGCUCAUAAAGAGAACAACCCAUCACCAAUAUUAUUAAAAUAACUAACAACAAUAAUCUACAAUCAGAGCCUGACUAAGAGGGUUACAAAGUAAUAAUUGAAUAGAAUUUUGAUGAUAGAAUAGACAUAUAAUAAUUCGAUUCUAAUUAAACUUGUUAAAAAGGCAAAAAACUAAUCAUGAAUCGUCAGUGUUCGCUAAAUGAUGCAUUAAAUUAGGUUCUAAAUGAUGCAAUUCAACAGUAGUAAUCGAAAUCACUUAAUCCACUAAAAAACUGA